UCUCUCGGGAACAUCCCGUGAUCUUCCAGUAACGAAACCUUUCUUUUGCUCCUUGCCUCUCGUGUAACAGCGCAACAAGUGCAAGCUCUCUCACUCGAGUUGACUUGCGAUUCACUGCUUACGAUCAGUGAAAUCAUGCCACUCUCCUCAUUUUGCACGUUGGAAGAACUAACGCUGCCAUCCCACUCUGCCAACCUUACUAUAAAUGACCAAGACCUCGUUAGAGCCAUGAAAUCGUGGCCCAAGCUGAAAAAAUUACGCCUGGGGGAUGAGGCCACGUGGGUAACACCAGCGCGUCCUCAAAUCACCCUGGAUGGGUUUGCCAGUCUGCUUUUGCAUUGUCCAGACUUGAGAACUCUUGGCAUCGGCAUGGACGCCACCUCAUACAGUGUUGUGACACCCGAGGUUCCAGGGGGUGGGGUAACCAACACCAAGAUCACUACACUCUCUGUCGGGGAAUCGCUGAUCGACAAUCCAUUGGCUGUCGCCGCCUUCCUUUCCUCCGUUUUACCAAACUUGAAGAACAUUCUGUACACUAAAUUUGAAGUUGUACCACAUCAAACGGAGAGACGACACGAGAAAUGGGCGAGAGCUGCAACGUAUCUGCGAGAUGUGCAUAUGAUCAAGAAGCAGGAGAGGGUUAGAUUGGGGAUUCACUAGUUCAUGUAGUGCAGGUUUGUAUUCUCAAUUUCUCAUUCGAAGUCGUCCCUGACAAUUACAUUACGUAAAUGUAAUAAUGAUAUUGAUGGUUUUAGCACUUAU